AUGGAUGGUUUUGAGGUCAAAUUCUCAAGAGCAAUUUACAAGAGAGCACAAAAGGCCACGACAAAUAACUUUUGUUCGUACAUCAAUUUUAAGCUCCUGCUCUUCACGUCAACUAUGCAAAUCUCUGCCAUUCCAUCAGCAUGGGUCGCGCAUGCUCUUAUCGAGUCUUGGGGCCGGAAGCCGGUACUUGUUAUUGGGUCUGUACUUCCCCUAGUUGGAAGCGCCACCGUGGUUUGGUUCCCCAAUAAUAUUGUGGCAUCACUUGGCCUCGCAAUCAUUGGAUGUAGCGGGGCUUUCCUAAAUCAGGUGAUUCCAAUCAUAUGUGAGGAAAUAAAUGUAAGAGAUGCGCAAAAGCGGAUCUCACGUAUUUUCAAUUUUAUGGUGCUAUGUGGAAGCACCAUAGCCAACGUCGUCAACAUGGCGGCAGCCCAUGACCUCCUAUCUGGAUGGCGUUGGUCCUUUGCCAGUUGUGGUCUUUUGGCCUUCCCACUCAUCCCACUGUCUAUCUUUCUUAGUGAGACCCCGAGGUUUCUCAUUAAGAAAGGGCGAAUGGAUGAAGCAAAAGUGGCCCUCGGGAGGAUACGCAGAUAUGGAGUGGAAGCAGAGUUGCAUGAUUUAGUAGGCUCGAUAGAGAGAGAAGACAAGAUGAAAUGGAAGAGAUUGAGGCGUUCACCACAUUUAGUGGUUAACAUAGCUUCACAAAUUCUACCGCGAUUUGUCUGUUUGUUAGGUCUAUUCCGUUCUAGAGGGGAUCGUAUCUAUCACCUGAGCAGACAGAAUUCCAAUAUUGCGAUAUCAUUCAUCAUUCCACUAGUAGGUCUUUAUUCAUUACUAAGUGGACCUACCGAUUGGACGGGAGCAUCAUAUCCCGAAGGAACUACACUAAUGGGGGCAUCAUUGGAGAUGACCACGUCUUUAUUCCUGACACUAGCCAUGAACCCAUUGAUUUUGUGGCUUCUUUGUGUCAUGGAAUCUUGGAUCUUUGCCUUACUGGCUGCUUGUGCUCUAUUCUUGGUAAUCUUGAUAUGGAUAUUCUUACCUGAGAGGCCAAGAGAAAAAGAUGGUGAAUCAUCAGAAGAAGAUAUUUGGAGGGGCCACUGGUUUUGGAAGAGAUUUCUUCCUGAAACAGCCACUUCGGGAGUCAUUGAAGUGUGA